AUGAAGACUGAAGAGGAGAAAGAGAUGUUGGUGGAGCGGGAAGAUUUUUUUAAACGCCUCUUUUCCCUAACCCAAAGUUUUAUCAAUGCCUUGUCAGCGAGUCAGCCUGACCUGAACCAAGAGUUGCCUUUGGCUGAUCUAGAGGGUUCCUCCACCAAAACCUACAGCCCGGCCGUUGCUGGGCUGUGCCGGGGGAGCUCACAGCAGGUGGAGAUCAAUGUGUGUAACGGGGAAUGGGGCAGGCAGCAGGCACUUAGCCCUGGAAAGCAGAGUCCUGGCUCACAGCCUGGCCCAGAGCUGUCUACAGCUCAGGAGCAGAUACUAGAGGCACUGGUAGUGCUGCCACUGUGGGGUAACACCGGAGUGGUGUGCCUAGACAUGUGGCAGGAGUUUGGCCAGCAUGUCUCUGCACUGAUGAAGGCAAUAGCAAAAUCCUCUGUGCGAGUGAAGGACAGCACAGGACUCUGGCAGGUGUGGAAGAGACAAAUCCAGCAGUUUAACAGGAUCAGCCCUGCAACAGCAGCAGCAGCUAUAGUGGAAGCGUAUCCCUCCCCAAGCCUCCUGUUAUGGGCUUGGGAAGAAUGCAGCACAGAUGAUGAAAAACACAUCUCAGUGAAAUCGGACAUCAGCAGGCAAGACCGCCGAGCCGGGACAGACUCUUCCCACUGCAUCUACUUGUUUGUGUUAUCCACCGACCAUGACCUCAUCAUGGACCUGCGCACGUAG